CAAAGGGAUACACGACUUUCCCAGUGGAAGGGGGGCGAAAUUCAUCUGAAGAGAUACAAUGUACCACGUACCUGGGACAAAGCCUUGAAGAUGUGCAGGUCUGACGGCGCCACGCUCGUCAAGAUAGACACUGCGGAGAAACAGACCAUCGUCAGAGGCUUGUUCAACGACACGGACUACAAGAACGAGAUCAAUCCCUGGAUUGGACUCCGAGACACGACAAGGUCCAACGUCUACAGUUGGACUGAUGGGUCAAACGCGACGUACACGAACUGGCGGAAGGGGGAACCUAACUUUCAAUAUCAUAAAAGGGAUGAGGACUGUGUUCAAUUGAUUUUAUUUAUGAUGGGGUUACGAUGGAACGACAUCUUUUGUGGUACUCUGAGGGGGUUUAUUUGUGAGAUAUGAUCUGAAAUACUCACCAAAGAAAGUGUUGACAUGCUGCGACAGCUGCUUAUUUAACCAUCGUCCAUCAGUAAAAUGACUCACAUGGAUUAAACUGUU